AUGACUCGACAAAUUUAUUGCAAUAUCUGCGGUGGCCCCUUCUUAGGCAGCGAGCACACCUGGCUAGGAGAAGCCAUCAUAUUGAGCACAGGACACCGGACACGGAAUGGCACCGAGAUCGACGACGAAUACCACCCCCGUCAUCAUCUUGAAGCUGGUUUCUGGCUGGGCGAGCAUCUGCUUGGACAGGCCAACAGAGUUCUCCUCCGCUUCAACUCGAAGUAUGAUCCCGACACUCGCAACUUCUACUUGCUGGAACGGAAGGAAACAGUGAGCCCAAACGUUCUCAUCGAGUCAGCCAGCAGACCUCGAGGCGGCUCACUAUAUCUUCCUGUUCACAAAGCUUGCUUAGAGCUCGCCGAGAAGUUCAUACACGCCGCCUCAACUCUGGAAAGAGCCGCGACGGACACAACCUCUGGCAAAAUCACCUCGGAGUUACAGCUCUGGGAGGUUUUGUGCCGACGUUUGGACCAGUUCGAGGACGACACAAUACCCAAGGAACCCCAUCACUUCUACGUGCCACAUACUAUCCUAACACCGAUGCCAUGGGAACGCGAGCCUGAUUCAGACGACGAUUCAGAUGAGCAUCUUUGGGCUCACGCUCUCCUGAUGGCGGGCCCUCUUGGAAUACCGAACAUCACAGAAUCCAUUCUGGAGAACCUUGAGACGGCCUCUGAUACUGAACCGGAGUCGAUCAAAUCACAGGACGAAUCGUAUGAGCGACUUGUCAAUCCAAGAAUUUUCCCUUGGCUAUGGGACCUCGACACUUGUUCUGUGUACAACAAAAAAUCAUCAGGUCUUUGGGAUUGGGAAUCACUGCUCUGUUCACUCUUUCAACCCGACAUACACAUGCACGAUAAUGACUCGUUGCACAUUCCAGUCUCUCUUCGCAACCGCCGGAGAAUCUGGCGAAUCCUUGAAGCAGCCAGAGUUGGUGACGCUCCAGUCAUUCUUAGAAAAGGUGGACCUGGUACCAAGAUGUUCAUACUAAGGUCGCUUGUUGUUGGUCCAGAUGGCUCUGUGCGUGACCAGUACCUUCACCAAGAAUGCUCGAAUCUUUAUUUGGAGAGGUAUGCCCUCAGCCCAUGA